AUGCGACACUUUUUUGUUACAAGUUUUUUAGUAUGUCUUCUAGGCUUUGUGGAUUCGACCAUUGUGGACAAAUGUAGAGAUGGCGGCAUAAUACCCCCAGAAGUAAAUUUAGAAUCAGAUUAUCAAGUCUGCAAACAGGCACCUUGUAUAGUUUAUACUGGUGGAAAUUGUUAUAUUGACCUAAAUUUUACUUCACCUGGAUAUGUACCAUCCAUAACGCCCAAGUAUAAAGCAACAGCAAUGGGGGUGACUUUAGAUUAUCCAUGCGAGAAAGACGCUUGCACAGGACUCACCAAUACAGUUUGCCCUCUAGUGGAAAACGAACGUGUGUCUUAUACAUGGGUAAUGCCUCUACCAAGUUUUUAUCCAGAAUGUCUUGCCGACCUCGAAGUUUCUUUUACCAAUGACGACGAUAACUCCCUUAUUUUCUGCUUUAGCACACAGAUUGAAGUAAGAAAACCGGCUAGAUAA